AUGAUAACGAAGGCAAUAGAAGCUAGUGGAACAGUUACUAUUACAACUGUAACCCAGCAACUAUUUCGAACAAAGAUGGAUUUUAAUGAAUGUUUCAUUCAUCCAAAGUCAUUCUCUUUAGACCCUAACAUUUAUACAGAACUUGUAGAACAUUAUACAAACGAGGCUUUAUGUUUUCCUGUUAAAGUUAUGGAUUGGAUUCCUAUGGACGGUUCAUUCUCAAAGAAUACAGAUAGUUCAAGUGCAACAUUUACAGCAGCUUAUACGCCUAUUAAUGUUAAAAGUAUUUGGGCACUAUUUAGAAAGAAAGACAACUAUUAUGUUAAUUUUGAGAACCCUAAGUUUAAAUAUCUUCAGCUUUCCAUGGGAGCUUAUGGAAAUAUGCCUGCAGAACCUGAAAAAUCAUAUGGACCUGUAUUUUAUGAAAUGGUUGCGAACGCCUGCAAUACAAACAAUGAUAUGAUUGGAUUUAAUGAAGAUGUUAUGAGGUCAUUGGUGGAUGAUGGUAGUGUGGAACAUAAAUGGGAUAGCUAUGACAACACACAUUUCUUAUGUGGUUUUCCAACAGAAGUGGACUUUUGCUUCCAGCAAGGUCAAACAUCUACUGCUCCAAUAACAUACAAAUUGUCU